ACUAUCAAUACAAGAGACUUAAGUCUCCGUGAUAAGAGAGGUAAGUGUGAUAAGACGACAAGAUUUUAUUAAAAUUUAGCAUGGAGACAAGCAGUCGUGACAAGUACCAUGGCAAGCGCUGACUUGUGGAUAGAGUGUUUGCACUGGUUUAGGCGAUGCGGAAUCGCCUUGCCGGACAAUACUACCCCGACUCAAAGCCUCGAGUUUUUCAGCAACUAUCUGCGCGAUGGCGUUCUAUUGUGUCACCUGUUACAUUUGCUUAACCCCAAAGCCUUAGAAUACUUUUUUGACAUUAGUGAUCUAAUCUGCAUGGAUCCAGACAAAAAUGAGGAAAUGUGUUUGCAAAAUAUCGAGGCGUUUCUACAAAUAUGUCAGACAGAUUUUGGUCUACAACUCUGCGACUUGUUUCAACCAAAGAUGUUGUAUUGCCUGACCGAUUUUGAUAGGGUGCUUCACACCUUGUCUCAGUUAUCUAAGUCUCCGAUAGUAGCCCAACUCGGCAUCACGGAAUUUCCCAUUCCUCGUCGACGUUCUUCUAUUGGAGGUGCCGAGUUGGCGCUGAAACUCCCCAGCAGAAUAGAUGGCCCACAGCAAAUGCACAGGUCAAUUUCUUCGCCGAUCUACGAACCGUCCAAUGAAGUGAUGUAUAUGUGCAUCCUUUCGGAUUUGAGUCCGUGUCCUCGAACGAGUGAUACCGAAACGUUGCCGAACGAUCCCGUUGAACGCGCCGUCCAAAAAUUGCUUAAAGCCGAAAUGGAAUACAUAAACAUAUUAACAGUUAUGGAAGAAACAAUGUUCAAGCAUCUAUCCAAAAUUUUGACCCACAAAGAGCAAACGAUUAUAUUCUACGGCAUCAAGGAAUUGAACCAGAUUCACCAGCAAAUUCAGCGAGAAUUACUCAGCGUCACAGGGAAUCAAGAGAAUAAAUCUCUAACAAAGUUGUACAUUGUCUUCCUGAACUGGAAAGACAAAUUAAACAUCUACCACAGGUACGCGGCUAAUUUGCCAUCCGCUCUUCACGUUGUCGGAGCCGUCUACCGAGGGAAAAAAGAAGUAGCAAGAGAAGUUGAGCUUGCACAAGCUAGUUUGCGGGAUCGAUUUAAACUGACAAAUCUUCUCCUUAAACCGAUUCAACAUGUCAGCCAAUACAGUGUCAUACUUGAAGAAUUACGGAAGUACAUUCCUGAGAAUCACGAGGACUACAAUGGCUUGAAAUAUGCUAGCCAGUCGAUGUCAGAACUUGAGCAGCAUGUGAACGCGAUUAAAAAAGACAGUUUCUUGAUACAAUCAUUAGAACACGUUCAGUCAACAAUAUGUGGCUGGAAGUUUAGUAAACCCCCCUUAACAUCCUUCGGACGUUUCUUCAAAGACGGUUUAUUGAAAGUCAGUGGCUCAACGGCAAAUGACAGUAAUCAAAAAAUAAAAUACCAAAUAUUCCUCUUCAGCCGGACGGUUAUCUUUUGUACUCCAAAAUCGGGCAUAAGAAAUCUAAGAAAAUUAUCGCGCGUUGAACAGUUUUCCUACCAGUUCCGACUUUUUCUGCAAAAUUGCUCCAUCGAUGAACAAGUCGGCUUGACUGGUUUUUUCGAGGAUCCGACAAUUCCGUGGACAAGUUCUUGGCGGAUUCAAGGACCAAAAAGAAAGACAAGUUUAACCUUUUACAGCAAGACCCCCGAAGAACGACUGAAAUGGAUUGAGAGUUUCAAACUUGUCAUGGCACAACUCCAUCCAUCGUUAGAUAGUACCGAUGCAUCCACGCACAAGUUCGAACUUCAGACAUUCUCUCCUGUUGUGGACUGUCACUUUUGCCACCAAUUGCUCAAAGGGCUUCUUGAUCAGGGUUAUCGAUGCUCAAAAUGCGGAGAGUCUUUUCACAAACAAUGUUUGGAAUCUUCACAAAGGUGCUCUGAUGAAGCAAUAUAUGAAGAGAUUUUGAGUAACGAAACGGAUCGGAGCGGAAUGUCGGAUUUUGAGCAAGAAUCGGGCAUUCACGAAAUGCAGUCGUUAGAUUCAUCGUCUCAAUCGGGGGAAUCAUCAAGCCGGACUGAAGAACCACCAGUUAGAGCUUUCAAUACGUUAGCUAUUGCUCAGCAGGUUGAGCAAUCACUUGAGCCUAAAGAAAGUCUAGAAUCUCAAUUGUGGUUUGCAGGAUCUAUGAGCGCCCUUGAAGCCACAGCUCAUCUUAUUGGGACUCAGCCGGGGACAUUUCUUGUCAGAAGGAGGAAAACGGAAGAUAAUUUAUCAGCUCCUUUCGCACUUAGUGUCAUGAUGGAAUGCGGAGUAAAGCACAUUUUAGUGCAGUGCUUCAAAUCACAACCAGAAGAUAGUGACUAUCUUACUCUUAGGUCAAGUUUGGGUAAACAAGAUUUUUUUUUGGUUCCUGGACACACUUUUCCCACCAUCAACGAUCUUGUUUCCUACUAUACGCAUACCUUUCUUAGCGAAGAAGUCUCAGUGGCGAUGGAUAUUUACCUGAAGAUUCCGUUCAAGCUGACAAACAAAAAGAUAAAUUAUACGACUCUAUGAUUGAGCGGUACUUGAACCGUUUACAAACCUAUUUGUUUCAUAUAAUUUAGCAAUGUGUGAGCUUCAAUAGAUUGUGCAAUUGGGCACACUGUUUUCGAA